AUGGGCGGCUAUUUGGCGAUCGUGUUCAUUCCCCAAACUAACACGAAGAGCAUGAGAGAGAAAAAACAAAAGUGCUUGAAACAGGUAAGACGUUUAUCAUUGAUAUCACCAAAGAAAUAUAUAAUGCCGGAUUCUAUUUUUGAACAGCCCUUUGUUUACUGUGGUGUUUGCCACAGAAGAACAUCGCAUGGAGAUCCAUUGAGGCUGACCUCAUGUGCUCAUAUCCUCUGUUCGCAGCAUUCUCCAUUAACAUCAAAGGUGUGUCCUAUAUGCCGUUCGAGCGAUAUCUCCAUCAUUAACCUUGUGGAAUCUAAACAGCUGCCUACCGACAUUAGGAUUUUUUUUGAGCCACUGCCCCCACUUUUGGAGUCGUUAUAUAAUGUUUCCCAAUUCCAACUGAAUGGGCUUUCGAAACAGUGUCAAUACUAUCAAAAUCAUUGUUUAAAGUUGAGAGAAAAAUGUGCAAGACAACAGCAGCUGCUAUAUCAGGCCAAAAUAGAGUUGGAUUCUAUGGCGAUUCUUAAGAAAAGAAUACAGGAAUUAGAGUCAGUUUUGAAUCAUAACAAUGUUUCUUCGAUGUCAGUUGGUGUGCUACCAACAAGAAAUAGCCAUCAAAAUCAUUACCAGCCCCCUCCAACCGUUGAUCUGACAGUUGAUGAUAAUAGUUUAGAAGAAUUCGAAGCCAAAUCCUUUAUUAAAAAGUUGAAAAAAAACUCUUCUUUGAGAAAUUCUUCAAAAAAUAACAAUGGAACUGUCACUCCCUCUACAAGUGGUCGUGUAAAUAAAAACCAGCCUCUCUUUAUGGAGACAUUGAAUAAUCCUAAUAGAAAUAGCAUUCCUCCUCCUGGAAUGAACCCAAACGCAAAUAGUAAUCUACCUAAUAUUUCGACUAUUGCAGAAUCAACCAAUCUGAACAGAUUUUCGUUCUCUCCUGUGCGUGUUGCAAAAGGCUUCGAUGGAAAGUUGCCAAAUCUUGACAUCCUCACGAAUAAUGGCUCUGUAUCUUCCAAAAAUAUAUCAAGAUUAUCUUCAGCUUCUCUCCAACCCUCUUCGCCUCUAUCUUCAUCAUCAAAUAGGCUUAUUUUACCAAAUAGUAACCUCAAAGAAUUGCAUCAUUCAAAUACACCUUUAACAAGUACCUCGACGCAGUUUCCCUCAGCUUUAGAAAAAUUAAAAAUAACAAGGAAGAGAAAUAAUACUAUCAGCGGUUCGAAUAGAAUAACACACAACUUGAGCUCACACGUAAGAAGCAGUGGUCUUGCCUUUUCAUCUUCAUCGAACUCAUUGCAACAAAGUAAACUGCCGAAAUCAAAUAUACUAAAGCGGUCCAAUUCAACUCAGCAACUGACUAAUACACAUUUGAAGAGUGAUAAUCAUCUGCCACCUCGCUCAAGUAAUACUGUGUUGGGUAGUAGCAAGAAAAACAAUAAGUUUAGAAGGAUUAGGUAA